CCAGGAUGGCGCAAAGCGCCGCACCUGCCACAGUGGCAGACUGCCCCUAGACGAGACUCGGCAGGCCGUGUGGUGACACCUUCUGCGCGAGCGUGAUCCCGUUGUUUACUCCUCACCCUUGUCUCUUUUACCAUCGCGCAGUCUUGUAGCUAACACCUCAUUGCGCUGCCCUCUCUCUGUAGCUCAUUACCGCGUUGUCUCUUACCAGCAACUCUAACGCGCCAGGUCACCAUGGUUGAGCUCCGCAAGAGAAAGGAAGCUCCGCCUCCGCCCCCUCCGGCAAAGAAGCGCGCGCCAUCCAAGUCCAAAGCAAAGAAGGACGCGCCAAAGGCAGAGUCGGCUGAAGCUGCCAAAGCACCUGAGGUCGCUGUGGACGACGCGCCUGCUCCAGCCGAGGCUGCCCCCAAGGAGACGUCGUCUGCAAAGGCCGGUCCUCCAAAGGUUGGUGACAGCAUCGAGCUCGAUGGCUUUGGCGGUGAAGUCCAGACGCACAGUGAGCAGGCGACCUCGCUCGCCAAGUUGGUAGAGGAGAGUAAGGCCGGAGUGGUACUCUUCACAUACCCAAAGGCCAGCACACCAGGAUGCACUACACAAGUCUGCCUGUUCCGUGAUGCAUACGACGACCUCACAGCAGCCGGGUUGAGCAUCUACGGCUUGAGCAAUGACUCGCCCAAGGCCAACAAGAACUUCGUCGAGAAGCAGAAGCUGCAGUAUCCCUUGCUUUGCGACCCGAAGCAGACACUGAUAGGCGCCAUUGGACUGAAGAAGGCGCCGAAGGGCACCACUCGAGGCGUGUUUGUGGUCGACAAGAGCGGGAAGGUACUGGCCGCGGAGCCAGGGGGACCGGCGCCAACAUUGGAGGUGGUCAAGAAGGUCGUUGCCAGUUUUGGCGGAGACGCCGGAUCUGAUGGCAUCAAGAAGGCCGAGGACAAAGUGGAUGGUGAGGACAAGGCUGCGGCUGAGACAGCGGCGGAUGUUGCUGACACGGCGGCGAAGCUUGUUGACGGAGAAGACUCGAAGUUGUGAGGAGAGUACAUAGUGUGCAAAGGUAUGUGAUGACUGAUCUUGACGGAGGCGACGCAAGCUAAGUAUCGAAGCAGUAGUGUCUCGGCCACGGCUCGAAUGUGACGAAUUCCUUGUCCCUGAUACUGCCCAUCUUACUGCUGGCUCUUGUGAUUUUGCUUCAAAGGACACCGAUGUCCUCCAAACUGCGCGCUCGGAUGUCGAGAUGAGGACGCAAAAGACUCCUUUCGAAACGCCGCGCAGAUGCAAACAUCCGGGUCGACAAGGGCAGCUGCGACGGGGAGGUGAAUG